GCCUCCAGUUUGUUCCAGAAGGAAAAAACUAGUUUUUAGCUGCCACAACCCCGCCCAUAAACCAGUUUUUCCAGCCAUAAGAUUGUUAACGUUAUAAUAACAUGACGGUUAACGAUAUAAAACUGAUGUAACAAGAGAUCUGUUGCUGUAAAGCACAAUAUACAGUAGUAUAGCUACCCGAGACGCUGAAGUAUUUAUAGUAAGUGUUGAUUUUCAAAGCAUUCUGAACCAAAAUUCAUGAAAUCAUCAAUUGUUUUGUCGUAGAUUUAGGCUAAUGUGAAGUCUGCUAGUUGGUCUCCGUACGUGGCUAGCUAGCUAUUUGCAGUUCAAAUGCAGCGAAAGCUAAGGAUAGUUUAUGAGCUCACACAGGAAAGUAUGCAGAGUGGAAACGCUCCGUUUCUUUGUGUGUGAGACUGAUACAAAUAAACUAAACACAUGUUUUAAGUUAAUCAUAAGCAAUCUACUCAUAAAGAUUGCCGUAGGAAAUAUUUUUGCCUAUGAAUCUGGAUGUUUUUUUUCUCUAAAUAGGGAGAGGUUCUUGGAAUUGACACCUACCGCAAUCUAUACAUAAAGAUUGCUUAGUUUGAAGAUUACGGACUUCACUGGAAAAGUCGGUCAUUUGUGGUAGUUUGCUACACCUGACAUUGUAUCGUCGAUAUCGUUAUAGCAGGAAAUACAUUCCCCAGGUGUACGAUAUGUAUACGGCAAUCUGAGGAUAAAGAUUGCAGGAUUGAAAUACUCGGGGGGAAACGUUCAUUCGAAAUUUUGUACAAGGCAGAACGGUUUUGUCGGAAUUACAUCAAAAUGGCGGGCUUGUUGUCGUUUUAUCCUUUCAGAAGACGCAGCAUUAAUGGCUACAAUGUUUUUCUGGAGUGACAGUCGGGUGUUGGCUUCCCUGAAUAGCGGAAUGACUUUCUUCUCGCAGUGUCCUUAACGCAUGUGUAGCCGUUAUAGCUAGAUACCUUCCGUUGUUUUUUGUAGAUAGUCAAAUGAUUCUCCGGCCGUGCUAAUGUGAUAGUAGGCUAACUGUGUUGUUGUGGCCGGGUUAGCUGGCAUACAUUGUUCUCGAGGCUGUGGCAGCCACGAAGCAGUUAACAAAAGAGGGCAGGGCCUAGGUUUAUUUUCGGUGGAUCACGGGUUAGUUUUUUCUCUCUUAACGGCACCCUCCCCUAGUCUGAACUCGGUCAUUCAACGGGAUCUUUAUUCUAGUGGUAUGGUAGGGCGUGCAUUGCAAUGACAUGCAGUUUGUCAUAAAGGGCUGCGUGAAAUUUAAUUAUAUAACCAUCAUUAACAUGGUGCGUUUGAAUGAAAUGUAUAUACAUAAUUUGAUUAUCUACAGGCUUUCCCGCCUCUAUUUUCUAUUUGUAACUAGUCAUUUAUUUGAGUUAGAUCUGCUUGGUGUAGGCUACAAACAGAAAUAACAUUAACCCCAUAGGACAAAUGUGUUUGAUGUAAUAAUGACUGUCGACCAGGGAUACGGUUGUUAUGUAAACAAAAAAUCACUUUGUAUUGCCAGGGGUUUGAGCGAUAGUGACAAAGUAUUUGUUAAAUUGUAGCUAAAUGAUAACAGGUGUUACUCUUUUCAACUGCAUUGCUAUUUAUUUGAGUAAAUGCACCAAAGCAAUUAUUUGUGUAUGAAUAUUAAUUUACUUGACUUUUCCCCCAUUGAAUUAUUCUUUACUAGGCUGUCUUCUCAAUAACUUCGUUCUAUUGACUGUGUGCGUGUGUAACAGUUGUGACAUUUUCAGGAGUUGUGUGUUGUGGAGUUCUGAGACUAUAUAAAACUUCUACUACAACAGUUAAACGGGUAAGACCAAACUGAUUUCCUCACAUCAUGACAUUUCAAAAUGAAAUACUUGGAUAUUAUCCAAGUAAUACUUGGAUACAGUAAUUAAAAGUAUAUGAUAAUGAACAUAGUCAUAACCAUAUUAUAACGACCUUCAAAUAUUAACGUUAUAAGCGUUCAGUUAUGCACUGAACAAUGAGAAAAAUGCAUACAGAUAGCCUAAGUCCCGCCCCUACUGUAAGUGUUUAUUAUGAUUUAAGCAUAGUUUGAGCAAGGCUAAGCAAAAAUUAUAAUUACAUUUUACUGCAAUGGUUUUAUAGCUUAGUGGAGAUUUGACUGCGUUUUAUAUGUAGAGGAUCGAUCCAUCCAUAGUCACUGUAUCCUCAACUGAGGUUGGUCUACUAGUGUUCCCAUUAUAUGGCACAUUAAUGACGUCGGUAGUUGUUUUAACAACGCACUUGUACUUGAGCCAAUCUCCUGCUCAGGUUAACUAUACGUUUCAAAUAUAUUCAUAGCCAAAUUAAAUUACUUUCGUUUAGUGAAUUUGACGUUUUUUAAAUAUAGUGUAUAAAUUUGCUUUGAUACAUGUAUUCAUUAAUUGGUACUUUGAAAUGUGUGGAUUUCUUUUGACUACAUUAGCAUUGACGUGUAGUGCUUGUACAUUUCAUACAAUUUGUCAUUCCUUGUACUAAACUAUAGGUGGCAGUAAAUGCUAAGAAACGUUUAUCCAAUACUCUUGGGGGGACCAUUGAAGCAAGUGUUAGUCAUGGAUAAUGCUUCAGAUUAAAUAUUCCCUUUAUUCUAAUGUUAAUAUUAGGUAAUUAACAUACUGGUUCCACAGUAGUCCUAUACACUUUAAGGGAUGUAUGUGUGAGAUCAACCACUUACAAUACCAAUACUUACAAUAUCAAUUCAAAUAACUUUAAUAUUACUUUAAAAUUAUUAUUUAUACUUACAAACACACACAAAAAUAGUUAAAUAUGUUCUUUAGAUAACUGAAAUUAAUAGUACUAUGCAUUUGUCAUAGAAUAGGCUUCUUCUGUGCUCUGUUCAACCAACUGUGUUCCUUGGAGUUCCUGUGCCACCUGAGACUACUGGUAAUAUGACUGCACCCUUCUCUAUCAGUGAAGGAGCUGGUCAGUCAUUCCAACCACCAGUUUAGUGCACUGCAAGCCUGAAACUGAAUAUCGGUAGGCUUUCAUUUUGAGGGCCGUGUCUGUGUGCCUCAGUGUUUAGCUUCCAAUAUGUGUGUAUUAUUAGUAGAGGGGGAAGCUACUCAAGGUAUUUUUCACCCACACUCAACAAAGACUGUAGCAUCCUCAUCCAUUACCAGGACAGCAUCAGUAAAGUAUUCUAGCUUCCACAGCUCUCAUCACCUUUGACAUUUCUAUAAAAACAUUUCUAUAAAAAUAAGUUGGAAAGUCAGUAUUUUUUUUCUCUGAGACUAGAACAGUACAAAUGGCAGGUUGACAAGGCUGCUGCUCAGCCCAAAGACUAACUUCCCCUCCACUGUAGUUUGUAGGUCUACUGGUUGUUUUGCUCAUGUCCAAGCCUAAUCACUCAUCCGUUUUUAUUUGCACUUACCAUGAACUUGUUAAGGCUGUACAUUUUAUGAAGGCAAUCAUGAGUGGAAGGUUUUGUUGAAACUUGUUGUGUAAUGUUUUAACAAUCUGAAUAAAGCAUAGCUACUUGAAUUUAUUGCUCCGCCCUUGGGGGAAGUCCACAUGAACCUACUCUAAACUACAGCCCAACCUGUCAUUUUCUCAUAAUAAUGUGCUGUGUUGAACUGACUCCUUGCAUAUUUCCUCCCUUUCUUUCUCUGUGUAUUCUAUUGAAUUACUGACACAGAAAAUGAACUAGCAGCAUGACCUAUAAGCAAUCUUUGUAUUAGGCUCUACCCUGCUGUCUUUGGGGAAGCCUACUGCAGAUACUGUGAGAACAGGGACAGUAGGCUCUGUCUGUCAUCCCCUCUUCUCCCUCAGCUAGGAGAAUAACCCCAUGGAACUGACAGAUCCAUCCCUCAGAGAAAAUGAAAUGCACAUUUUUUAAAAGUAUGAGCCAAUAUAUCAGUCAAUACAUUUACAUUUUCGUCAUUUAGCAGACGCUCUUAUCCAGAGCGACUUACAAAUUGUUCACCAUGGUACAUCAUUUGGAAUACAAAGGCAGCACCUAUGCUGAGGGUUUAGCUGGGAAUGUCACUGCCCCCUUGUGUUGUCAGAUUUCAGUGUGACUGAAGAUCUAGCAAUGUUGGUGUUUUGACGUAGGCCUCUGGGCCAUUGUGGUGUUGCUCUCAGUUUUGUAGCUAGAAGGAAACAGUGUAAACUAUGCAGUAUGGAUUUCAGCCUUGGUUGAUCAUGUAGUAGAGAGGAUUUUGGAAAUGUCUUAUGGUCGUUGCUUUUUGCAGGAUUUAGAGUUGAACGGAUGGUGUCUGUUCCAAGGAGCACUCCCAAAACAAAGUCAAAUCUGACAUGCCUGGAUGCAGUUCAGUGCAAACAUCACUUGAGCGGCACAUUGAAAGAGACUAUAACGAUGACUGUUUAGUAAGCGCCAGCGUUUAUAAGAUUUUAUUUGACGAUAUCCUGUAUGUUAAGUGUGUUUGUCUCUUCCUCCCUUAGAGCAGAGAUGGCGGUGGGCCCGGUGGACCCCAGGGAGGUCCUGAAGGGAGUAGAGAACCUGCUGGGGAAAGAUGGAGAGCUCCGCAGCCUGGAGGGAGUCCCCAAAGUUUUCAGGUAAUUAACACACUGCCAUAUUUUAACUUUUAUGAUGUGCUUUUGAACUUGUAUACAUUUUUUUCCAGCUUUUAGUGUUUUUCAUUAAUUAUUUUAAAAAAUGUAUUUUGAGUUGCCGGUGUAGACUGUAAUGGUAGCAUUGUAAUGGUAGCAUUAUUUUGUUCUGACGGUUGGUUUUCUUCUUGGUCUUUUCUCCACAGUCUCAUGAAGGGCUCUCACAAGAUGGUGAGCAGGUGUAUGUACCUGAAUAUCUUACUGCAGACCAAGUCCCAUGACAUUCUCAACCGGUAAGAUCUACUUCCAUCUUAUGUCAUUUAUUGUUUAGUAACUUGUUUAGUAACUUCACUAGGGAGUUUUCUCUGCCACUGUGCUGCUGCUUGUUCUUUGGGGGGUUGGGGGUCUAGGCCGGAUUACUGUAAAGCACUUUGUGACAAAUGGCUUUGUAAAAAUGGGCAAUUUAGCUUCAAUUUGAUUGACUCUUCCAUCACUUCAUCCAGGUUUAUCCGAGUGGGAGGCUACAAGCUGCUGAACGCGUGGCUGACCUACUCCAAGACUAGCAACAACACCCCCCUGUUACAGCUCAUCCUGCUGACGCUGCAGAAACUGCCCCUCACUGUAGACCACCUGAAACAGAACAACACUGCCAAGCUGGUCAAGCAGCUCAGCAAGACUGGAGAGACUGAGGGUAUGUUUUUAAACAACUUUCUUUUCCCUUGUGGUCCACCCUCUUCAAUACACUGCUGACUAAUAGACCUCUGUGAAGAAAUACUUUAGCAUUUUUAUUUGUAAAUUGUUUUAUGACAGUGUCUGAAGUUGAUGUGUAACUAAUGUUGUCUCUCAGGGCUGAGGAAGCUGGCCACUGGGCUGGUGGAUGGCUGGAUGGCUACCAUCCGCUCCCAGAGUGUCUCUGCCACCUCUCCUGCAGGUAACCACUACUUUCCUAUCCCCCGUUCCCUCAUGCUUUCCAUCUUUCCCCUCUUUCUCAUUUUUACUUUCUUCCUCUUUAACUCUCCGCUCCCCUGUAAUCUCUUUGUUUACAUAACACCCAGUCUAUUUCUCUCUCAGAUAAGAAGCGGAAGAAGGAGGAGGGGAGAGUGCCAGUCCGAGAGGUGAAGGCGGCUGAUGUAGGGAAGGCAGCAGAGGAGGAGAAGAAGCGGGAGAAGCCCAAAGCUCACGCUCCCAGCCAUGCUAAGAUCCGCUCCAUAGGUACACUACGCUUCCCGUCACCACCAUAUUGUCAAACUACAUGCACACUCUGUCCUCACAGUUUUUCACAAAAAAGUUUAAUUUACAAAAGAUGAUUCUGUGUAUACGGUUAUUGUCCUUCAAUAGAAGACAGGCCACAGUAAUAUGCAAAUGAGGAAAAGGUCAUUGUGUUUCUGGCUGUAGGGAUGAAGCUCCUGCUGUUCCUAAAGUGCUGGAUGUAGGACUAUAUAAUAUCCUGAUCUGACCCUGUCCUGUGUGUUGUCUUCCAGGCCUGGAGAUGGAUGCUCCCACCCCUGUCCCAGUCAAGAAGCCAACCGUGGCCCUCCAGCUGGGAGACAAGUACAACAUCAAACCAGCCCUAGUCCUCAAGAGACCCAGGUAAACUACACUUACUUCAGACAGUAAUAACAGCUUUGUUCGUAUUGUGUAUAUGUGUUUCCCUUCUGCUGUUUACUGGGCAAUAACAGGAUAAAUAUUGCCUAACCACAGAAUUUCACACUGCUCAGUGCUUCCCCCUAGGUGCUUAAUGAGAGUACUGCCCAAACCCAUCUUUGGCAAAUGUAUUUGCCAUUUGUAAUGAAGAUAUUGGAACUAUUACUCACUGAACCUCUCCCAUUUAUCUCUCUCCACCAGUUUGGGUCCUCUGGGGUAAAACUUAACCUGUGUUUCUCUUGUCUUUCUCCCCACCAGUUUGGGUCCUCUGGACCCUCCCCCUGUGGAGAAGAAGUAUAAACCUCUAAACACCACUCCUAACCAGACCAAGGAGAUCAAGGUGAAGAUCAUCCCGGCACAACGUAAGACCUCAACAGAAAUCGGUAUGUACUAUCUUUCUGACCCCUUCACUGCAUGUACAGUAGUAGAUUAGACCUAACCCCUCAACAUGUAGAUUAGACCUAACCCCUCAACAUGUACAGUGGUGAAAAAAAUUAUUUAGUCAGCCACCAAUUGUGCAAGUUCUCCCACUUAAAAAGAUGAGAGGCCUGUAAUUUUCAUCAUAGGUACACGUCAACUAUGACAGACAAAUUGAGAAAAAAUUCCAGAAAAUCACAUUGUAGGAUUUUUUAUGAAUUUAUUUGCAAAUUAUGGUGGAAAAUAAGUAUUUGGUCACCUACAAACAAGCAAGAUUUCUGGCUCUCACAGACCUGUAACUUCUCCUUUAAGAGGCUCCUCUGUCCUCCACUCGUUACCUGUAUUAAUGGCACCUGUUUGAACUUGUUAUCAGUAUAAAAGACACCUGUCCACAACCUCAAACAGUCACACUCCAAACUCCACUAUGGCCAAGACCAAAGAGCUAUCAAAGGACACCAGAAACAAAAUUGUAGACCUGCACCAGGCUGGGAAGACUGAAUCUGCAAUAGGUAAGCAGCUUGGUUUGAAGAAAUCAACUGUGGGAGCAAUUAUUAGGAAAUGGAAGACAUACAAGACCACUGAUAAUCUCCCUCGAUCUGGGGCUCCACGCAAGAUCUCACCCCGUGGGGUCAAAAUUAUCACAAGAACGGUGAGCAAAAAUCCCAGAACCACACGGGGGGACCUAGUGAAUGACCUGCAGAGAGCUGGGACCAAAGUAACAAAGCCUACCAUCAGUAACACACUACGCCGCCAGGGACUCAAAUCCUGCAGUGCCAGACGUGUCCCCCUGCUUAAGCCAGUACAUGUCCAGGCCCGUCUGAAGUUUGCUAGAGUGCAUUUGGAUGAUCCAGAAGAGGAUUGGGAGAAUGUCAUAUGGUCAGAUGAAACCAAAAUAGAACUUUUUGGUAAAAACUCAACUCGUCGUGUUUGGAGGACAAAGAAUGCUGAGUUGCAUCCAAAGAACACCAUACCUACUGUGAAGCAUGGGGGUGGAAACAUCAUGCUUUGGGGCUGUUUUUCUGCAAAGGGACCAGGACAACUGAUCCGUGUAAAGGAAAGAAUGAAUGGGGCCAUGUAGCGUGAGAUUUUGAGUGAAAACCUCCUUCCAUCAGCAAGGGCAUUGAAGAUGAAACGUGGCUGGGUCUUUCAGCAUGACAAUGAUCCCAAACACACCGCCCGGGCAACGAAGGAGUGGCUUUGUAAGAAGCAUUUCAAGGUCCUGGAGUGGCCUAGCCAGUCUCCAGAUCUCAACCCCAUAGAAAAUCUUUGGAGGGAGUUGAAAGUCUGUGUUGCCCAGCGACAGCCCCAAAACAUCACUGCUCUAGAGGAGAUCUGCAUGGAGGAAUGGGCCAAAAUACCAGCAACAGUGUGUGAAAACCUUGUGAAGACUUACAGAAAACGUUUGACCUGUGUCAUUGCCAACAAAGGGUAUUUAACAAAGUAUUGAGAAACUUUUGUUAUUGACCAAAUACUUAUUUUCCACCAUAAUUUGCAAAUAAAUUCAUAAAAAAUCCUACAAUGUGAUUUUCUGGAUUUUUUUCCCUCAUUUUGUCUGUCAUAGUUGACGUGUACCUAUGAUGAAAAUUACAGGCCUCUCUCAUCUUUUUAAGUGGGAGAACUUGCACAAUUGGUGGCUGACUAAAUACUUUUUUCCCCCACUGUAGUAGAUUAGACCUAACCCCGCAACAUUUAGUAGAUUAGGCUAGAUCUAACCUCUUAACAAGGAGAAUAUAUCAGGAUUGAGGUCAAUUCCUUCUCAAUUCAGGGAGUUAAGGGAAAUUCCAAUUCCAAGUGUCUUCAGUACUUCUCUGAGAACAUUUUGGAAUUUGUUUACUUCCUGAGUUGAUUGGAUUGAAAUGGAAUUGACCUCCUCAACCCUGGUAGAGACCCACACACUGCUGUAUAUGUUCCCCUACUGGAAGGUCUUCAAGAUUGAAACAUUGCAAUAAACUACAAGAGAGCAUACCAACAGUUUCAGAGCAUAAACAAACAUUUGUUUCUUUCACAUGUUGUUGUUUUGUACCCUACCCCUGAGAAAAUAGUGUGGUGUGUAGUACACACUUUUAAACCAAUCUCCCAAUCAGGUAGCACUGCAGUAUGUUGACUGUUAGUGACAUCACUAAGGUACCCUCCUCUCUCUAUGCAGCCCUUGAGGGUACAGGCUUCCUGGAUGCCCUAAACUCCGCCCCCGUUUCUCUCAUCAAGAUCAAGAAGAAGAAAGGAAGGGAAGGGAGAGACCCCAAAGCUGUCUCUCCCACGUCAAACAAGGUAAACACAUGCCUUCCUGACCAGACAGACAGCACAGACAACUACUGUCUCUGCUAUUCUGACUCUACACCUAAAUCGAUGGGAAAGCUGUGCAAAUGGAAUUGAGUAUUCACCCUUGUCUCUCUCUCUCUGCAUCCCUCCUCCUCUCAGCCGUGUCCAUUCGAGGGUAAACCCCACUAUCCGUCACCCCAGGGCGGCGCCAAGCCCUUGUCCCCAGAGACCCAGGUGGCCUCCACCACCCCUCCCCACGAGGUCCCAGUAGACCUAGAGCAACCCGGCACGCCUGUGCCUGCCGACGACCCAGAGGCCAUGGACACGAGCAGUGAGAAGCCCAGCGCCCUGGCUGAGCCCCGCGGCGAAGAGGAGGGUCAGCUGACCAAGAAGGGCAAGAAGAAGAAGAGCGUGCGCUGGGCCGAGGAGGAGCAGCUCAAAGAGUACUUCUACUUCGACCUGGACGAGACCGAGAGAGGUGAGAGAACAAAAACUAACGGUAACUUCAAUUCAAUUUCUUUGGUCGGUGUUGUGUUUAAUUGCACGUCAAACUGUGGUUCUAUAGUCAAACUAGAUAGUUGUCAAUACUGGCUAGCUAGUCAACAGCCCAAUAAAGACAUGCUCAAUACUUUACUAAGUUCUGGUAAAUGAGUCUUUUGGUAGCGAUGUGAUUCCCCCCCUGCUUUUCUGUCAUUUAUCUUCAAUCCCUACUCAAAAGCCAGCUUUUUCUAUCUUGUCGUAAUCACAUCCCUGUUGGGUGCCACAGCUAACCUUUUCCUUGUUCUCCACCUCUCUCCUUCCCUCUAUCCCCCUCUCCAGUCAACGUCAACAAGGUCAAGGACUUUGGCGAGGCGGCGAAGCGCGAGAUGAUGAUGGACCGCCACACGUUUGAGAUGGCGAGGCGCCUGUCCCACGACUCCAUGGAGGAGCGGGUCCCCUGGAGCCCCCCGAGGCCCCUGGCCCUCACCGGCCCCCUGGUCAACGCCGGGGCCAACAGCACAGAGAGACUCACACAGAGGGACCGCGAGACGGGCAUCCUGCAGGAGAUCUUCCUCACCAAAGAGAGGUACGGAUUCACACAGAGAGAGAGUUUGUGAGAGAGAGGAAGAGAGAAGUAUGGCUUAAAAUGAUAUGGAUUUCUAUAGCCUAGUGGGUUACCAGGUGCUCAAAGUGCCUCACAUUGUAUUGGGGAAGCUCACCUUCUGUCUCUUCCUCAGUGUUCCUGACAGCCCCCAUGAACCAGAGCCUGAGGCCUACGAACCCAUGCCUCCACGCCUCAUACCCCUGGACGAGGUGAGAUAUACAAUUUUCUGUCAAUCACUUUGAUGCUGUUUGAAAGAUGUUCAACUCCAAUGAAUGCACAAACAAAGGUUUUGAAUAUAAAAUAGGAAGCAUUACAAGUGUUAUCAGUUUUGACUUUUACUCUUCAGAGUUUUGCAUCUGAAAUUGAUACAAAAUUCCUGUAAUACAUAGAAAACAACAUUCAAUGCUCCAAACAUCCUCUGUGUCCAGUUCACUAACUCCCUCUUUUCUCCAGGACUCAACCAUGAUGGACGACAGCUACAUGGAGCCCAUGGACACGUCGUCCCAGCCUGGCUCUGCCGUGGGCCCCGGGGGGGUGGAGGGCUCCAAGCUGCCCCCCAUCCUCGCCAACCUCAUGGGCAACCUGGGGGCCAACAACCUGUUGGGCAACCUGGGUAACCUAGGCAACAUUGCCCAGGGCACGCCUGGUGCCCCCGCUGCCCCCUCCGUCAACGUACAGGAGCUACUCACCUCCAUCAUGGUAAGCGAUAUAGAGAUUUAAAAAAUGUCAAAACAUGAACUAAUGCUGUUUUUGUAACCCCGCCAUUAUGUAAUCUCAUUGAGGAACUUUAUGAUUGGAUGAAUUCAAUUAUUAAUGCGUUGUCUACCGUAACUGUUUUAAAACAGAACUUCUGGAACCCCUGGAGAAGCCCUGUAACCAGUGUAUCUGUGAUGUUUAUUUUAGAGUGUGUUCAUGAUUUGGCUGAACCUCUCCCUCCCUCCCUGUCUCUCCUGUAGGGAGCUAGUGGUGGCCAGUCUACUGAGGACCUGAUCAAGCAGCCAGACUUCUCUGAAAAGAUCAAACAGCUGCUGGGCUCUCUACAGCAGACCCAGAACCAGGGCCCCCCCACCGGACCCCCGCCCGGAGGUACACACACCACCACACAAACCUUUAACACACACCUUUACAACACACACACACACACACACACUUACAACACACACACACACCACACUUUACAUUCACAUAACACACCACCUUUACCAACACCACACCUUACACACACACACCUUUACCACACGCACACACAUUUACAACACAUACACACACACACACACCUUUACAAUACACACACACACACACACCUUUACAACACAUACACACACACCACACACACCUUUACAACACAUACACACACACACACACACCUUUACAACACAUACACACACACACACAACCUUUACAACACAUACACACACACACACACUUUUACAACACAUACACACACACACACAUUUACAACACACACACAUUUACAACACAUACACACACACGACACACACCUUUAAACAACAUACACACACCACUUUUACAACACACCACACCAACACCUUAACAACACACUUUUAACCAACACACACACACCUUUACACACAACACACACACACACACCUUUACAACACACACACACACACUCACACCUUUACAACACACUCACACCUUUACAACACACACACACCUUUACAACACACACACCUUUAAAACACACACACACCUUUACAACACACCCUUCACCUCGCUCUUCAGUUCUAACACAAACCAAGUAUUCUUCAAUUUCCUCCUACUCUUAACUGUAUAUGACAAUAUGCAUGCUAGGAUGAUUUUUAAAGUAUGUCUUUCCUCCACAGUGAGCCAGGGCCUGUUGGGCCACGGUCCAGGCAUGAACAACAUGCCCAACAUGAACAACAUGGGCAUGCCCAUGAACGGAGUGGGGUACCCUCCUGCAGGCAAGCCCCCGGGCCCCGGAGGCCCCCACUACAACCACCCCCCGCCCCCGCCCCCACACAACCACGGACCCCCUGGCUUCAACGCCAAUCCCCGCAUGAUGGGGCCCCCGCCGCCCCAGGGCCACGGAGGAGACAACAGCAACUACUGGGGGGACGACUCGAUGAGGGGGGGGCCACACCGGGGCGGAGGGGGACACUUCCACCGCGGGGGCCGAGGGAGAGGAGGGGAACAGGUGGGCUUCAGAGGGAGAGGACGAGGUGGUCCUAGAGGAGGACACAACAUGGGAGGUGAGUUGACUUAGAAAGGGAAUGUUCCUUCAAGUAAUUAGAUUUCUAUGUUAGAGACAUAUAGGGCCAGUCUGAAACGACACCCCGUAUUGCCCAUGUAGGACUCUGCCCCACAGUAGUCCAAUAAAAGUAAGGACGAAGUUGUUUUCCGUUUGCCAUCUUCUAGCCUUGAUGCAGUCAGUACAGAAACGUUUGAUUUGCCUGGCUAGUUGUGUACUAACUCUGUUGUUGUUUCUCUCUCUUUCUCUCUACUCUCCUCCUCCCAGACAUGUCCAAGAGGCCAGUGUGUCGCCACUUCAUGAUGAAAGGAAACUGCCGUUACGAGAGCAACUGUGCUUUCUACCACCCCGGUGUCAACGGUCCUCCCCUGCCUCCCAACCACCCCGCCCACAACCAGUACAACGACCACGGUCCACAACAUGGGCACUAG